GAGUGGACCACUUUGGCUGGACAGGGGGGUCCUGGCCUAGUUCUGUUGCCUGGGCAACCAGACGGCGCCGCCGACAUCAGCUCCCUCUUUCUUCGGGUGGGAUCUAGGCGAGGCCGCAGACACUGGAGCUGGGGAUCUGCCUGCAAAGAAUGCAAGAACUGCUGAUACAAUGACGACUGUGCGCCACAGGAAGAAGAUUAAUGCCUCCGAGCCCGGUCCCAACAACUCCCUGGGGCAGAAAAGUUCAAGGGACGGUGCUAGAGGCAUUUCGGGACGUGGCACAUGGAAUAUACUGAGUUACUUCGUUGGCGGGGUGCUGGCUUUGUUCUUGGGACUACUUGCUUCAUAUUACGUCGCCACCCUCCAUGAAAAUGACUUGUGGUUCUCCAAUAUUAAGGAUGUGGAGAGAGAAAUCUCAUUCAGGACGGAGUGCGGACUGUAUUAUUCCUAUUAUAAACAAGUACUUCUCGCCCCAUCCAUUGCUCAAGGAGUCUCCGAUUUAAUUUACGACAACAAAACGGAAUCCAUGAGGACCAUUAAUAUUCUGGAGAGGAUGAACGUGUACCAGGAGGUUCUCCUGGCCGUUAUCUACAGAACCUUUAAUCUCUGGAGCCUCAUGGAUCCCGUCUAUUUCUACAUCUAUACACUUUUCGGACUGCAGACGCUGCAUGUAGCGGCUCUGUACAUUAACAGCUGGCUGCUCAGUGGGACUUGGCUUUCUGGAUCAUUAGCGGCUCUAUGGUACAUUGUUAACAGAAUUGACACCACGCGGGUGGAAUUCACCAUUCCUCUGAGAGAAAACUGGGCUCUGCCGUUUUUUGCUGUUCAGAUAGCCGCCAUUUCCCAUUUUGUUAGGCCGGACCUAAGCAGAGUGAAGGAGAGACUGUCCCUCCUUUUAGUGUUCAUUUCCACAUUCCUCUUCAGCCUCACCUGGCAGUUCAACCAGUUUGUGUUACUCCUGCAAGGUUUGGUGCUGUUUGUCCUGGACUGCCUGGACUUGGUUCCGACCCGUAAGGUGAGAAGCCUGUACAUGGUUCAGGCGUCCAGUCUUCUCCUGGUGUGUAUCCUCCAGUUCGUCAAUACCAUGAUUCUGGGUUCGCUGCUGCUCAGCUUCAUCCUGGCUGCCAUUAUCGCCCAGAGAUUACAGAAAAACCUUAAGAGCGGCGGACUGCUGAGAAGACUCGGGAACAUCGCCAUCCAUGUAGUGAUAGUUCUGUCCCUCGCUACAGUCAUAAAUAAGUGUGUGAAGAAAGUCCUGAAUCUGCAGUCGGAUGAACAUAUAUUCAAGUUCAUACAAGCAAAACUGGGCUUUAAAACCAGAGAUUUCGAUGCCAAUCUGUAUCUGUGUGAGGAGCCCUUCCAGAUGCUGCCAUCUGACACAUUCCAGAGACUCGCCGACUCAUUUCUUCUCUACCCUUUUGUAUUUGUUCUUUCCAUUCUGAUCAUUGCAGCGUCCGUCGCCGCUUUCCACAAACUGAGCACCUCUUCAGGCACCAAACAGAAGGAUUGGAGUGAAAACAGGACUUGCCUCGUCCGAGCAGACGUUGCCUAUAACUUAGUACAUAACGUGAUGUUUGGUUGCCUGGCUGUCAGCACAAUGCGAAUGAAAUAUCUCUGGACCUCCCACAUGUGUGUCCUGGCUGCCUUUGGAAUCGCCAGCAAAGACGUUUGGGGAGUUGUGUUGCGAGUGAUCCGUCUCUACACUCCCCAGAGGGCUACCGGGAUCCGAUAUUUGGUGUCAUUGAUUCUGAUCGUUUCUGUGGUCUUCAAGUUCUGGCCAAGAAUAAAUCAGGAGCUCUCCGAACUGCGGGAAUUUUAUGAUCCCGACACUGUGCAGUUAAUGAGCUGGAUCAAGUCAAACACCCCCAAAAAUGCUGUAUUUGCGGGCAGUAUGCAGCUUCUGGCUGGGGUGAAACUUUGCACUGGGAGGGUGCUGACCAAUCACCCUCAUUAUGAGGACAAGACCCUCCGGGACAGGACCAAAGAGGUGUAUCAGGUGUAUGCGAAGAGAUCCCCGGAAGAUGUACACGGCAUACUGAGGUCGUUCGGCACAGACUACGCCAUAUUAGAGGACAGUAUAUGUUAUGAGAGGAGACACGGGAGAGGAUGUCGUCUACGAGAUCUGCUGGAUGUCAACAAUGGCCAUACGAUGGACGGUCCCGGGGAAGACGACCCUGAUUUGAGGCCUUCUCCUUUCCCCCGCUUCUGUGAAGAAAUAAAGAACGAUUCCCCGGCCUACACAAAGUACUUCACCAGGGUCUUCAAGAACAGAACUUUUCAUGUUUACAGAUUGUCACGCAAAGCUUCGGGAAAGUAAGCGGGAUGUGGCAGACCGGACAGUAUUUCGUUGUUCUAGUGCAUCUUCUUAUUGGUCAGCGCCGACUCCCCCCUCGCCGUAGAGGCGGGGCUCUCCUUGCCUCCAGACGUGUCCAUUUCAACUUGGCCACAGCAGUUGUCUUUCAGUUGUGACUUUCUAGUAGUGUUUGACUUGACGGUGAGGUGAAUUUUACAUGGCAGUGGUUGUGUCGGAGGACCGGGUGUGACAAGUGAACCGUC